CCCGCCAAGCCGGCGCCAUUGAUGGAAGCGGUCUCGUCCGGCUCUGUGAGCGCCCGCAGUUGUCCUCAGUUCGGCAGCCAGGUACGCCCCUGCAGGACUCCACUCUUGCCAGAGAGGGGAACACAGAGAAAGAGAUUAUGGCUGCCGUGUUUUUUUCAGUUGGACCUCUGAAUCCUGAAGAUUCCCAGGCAGAUAAUGAUUCUCACCUUCAGCCAGAAGAGCCAGAGCUGGUAAAGGAUCCCGUGACGUUUAAAGAUGUGGCUAUAGACUUCACGUUAGAAGAGUGGAGGUUGAUGGACCCUUCACAGAGGAACCUACACAAGGAUGUGAUGCUAGAGAAUUAUAGGAAUCUUGUCUCCCUGGGGCUCGCAGUUUCCAAACCAGACAUGAUAUCUCAUUUGGAGGCUGGAAAAGGACCAUGGGUGGUAGUGAGAGAAAUUGCAAGAACCCCCUACCCAGAGUUGGAGACCAAACCUGCAACCAAGAAUGUUGUACCAACAGAGGAUGUUUCUGAAGAUGUAUCACAAGAGACCAUAAUAGAUAAACUCACAGAGAAUGGUCUAUGGAACUCAACAAUGGGAGGAUUAUGGAAAUGGAAUGAAAGGAAAUUAAAAUUGCAAAACAGUCAGGAAAAUCAUUUGAAUCAAAAAAUAGUCACUCACAAGAAAAUUCCCUCUGGUCAAAGAAGAUUUAGAUUUGGAUCUCUUCUUUUUCCUGAAGCAGGCAUUAUCACAGAACAACCCCACAGCAAAUGUCAAACACAUGAGAAUUUCACUGGGAAUUUAGAUUUGAUUACAGAUACCCAUCUGGGGAAGAAACUUUGCAAGGAUACAGAAGGCAGCAAAGCCAUAAGGCCUACUUCAGAAUUUACCAUAGGGGAAAAAUACAAUAAUAAAGAAAAGCCCUAUAAAUGUAGUACAUGUGAAAAGUCCUUCCGUUACAGGUCAUUGCUCAUUCAACAUCAGAGAACUCACACUAAAGAAAAACCUUAUGAAUGUGAUGAAUGUGGGAAAAUGUUUAGCCAGCCUUCAUAUCUCAGUCAACACAAAAAAAUUCACACAGGAGAAAAACCCUAUAAAUGCAAUGAAUGUGGAAAGGCCUUCAUUGCUUCUUCAUCACUUAUGGUACAUCAGAGAAUUCAUACUAAGGAGAAACCUUAUCAGUGCAAUGUCUGUGGAAAGUCUUUUAGCCAGUGUGCUCGCCUGAAUCAACACCAGAGAAUUCAAACCGGAGAGAAACCCUAUAAAUGUAGUGAAUGUGGGAAAGCAUUCAGUGAUAAAUCAAAACUUGCAAGACAUCUGGAAACUCACAAUAGAGAGAAACCCUACAAAUGUAAUGAUUGUGGGAAAGCCUUUAGGAAUAAGUCAUAUCUUAGUGUACAUCAGAAGACCCAUACUGAAGAGAAACCAUAUAAAUGCAAUGAGUGUGGGAAAUCUUUCAAGAAUACCACAAUUUUUAAUGUCCAUCAGAGAAUUCAUACUGGAGAGAAACCCUUUAGAUGUAAUGAAUGUGGGAAAGCCUACAGAAGUAAUUCAAGCCUUAUUGUACAUAUAAGAACUCAUACUGGGGAAAAACCCUAUGAAUGUAAUGAAUGUGGGAAAGCAUUCAAUCGUAUAGCAAAUUUCACAGAACAUCAAAGAAUUCAUACAGGAGAAAAACCCUAUAAAUGUAAUGAAUGUGGGAAAGCAUUCAUUAAUUAUUCAUGCCUUACGGUACACCACAGAAUGCAUACAGGAGAGAAACCUUAUAAAUGUAAUGAAUGUGGAAAGGCCUUCAUGCGUUCUUCAUCCCUAAUUAUACAUCAGAGGAUUCAUACUGAAGAGAAACCUUACCUAUGUAAUGAGUGUGGGGAAUCUUUCAGAAUAAAAUCACACCUAACUGUACAUCAGAGGAUUCAUACUGGAGAGAAACCAUAUAAGUGCACCGACUGUGAGAGGGCAUUUACCAAAAUGGUAAAUCUCAAAGAACAUCAGAAAAUUCAUACUGGAGUGAAACCUUAUAAAUGCUGUGAUUGUGAAAAAUCGUUCAGGACUAAGUCAUAUCUUAUUGUACAUCAAAGGACCCAUACUGGAGAAAAACCAUAUAAGUGUAAUGAAUGUGAGAAAGCUUUCACUAAUACGUCACAACUUACUGUACAUCAAAGAAGGCACACUGGAGAAAAACCCUAUAAAUGUAAUGAGUGUGGGAAGGUUUUCACAAGUAACUCAGGCUUUAAUACCCAUCAAAGAACACAUACUGGAGAGAAACCAUUUAAGUGUAAUGACUGUGGGAAAGCAUUUAGCCAGAUGGUACAUGUCACAGAACAUCAGAAAAUCCAUAGCGGAGAGAAACCCUAUAAAUGUGAUGUCUGUGGAAAAGCCUUUAGGAGAGGUUCAUACCUUACAGUGCAUUGGCGAACACAUACUGGAGAAAAACCCUACACAUGUAAGGAAUGUGGAAAAGGUUGUAUCACUCUAUCGCAGCUAACUCUACAUCAGAGAAUUCAUACUGGGGAAAGGCCCUAUAAAUGUGAAGAAUGUGGAAAAGCCUUCAGAACCAACUCAGACUUUACUGUACAUCUGAGGAUGCAUACUGGAGAAAAACCCUAUAAAUGUAAUGAGUGUGGGAAAGCCUUUAGGAGUAGCUCCAGCCUUACUGUACAUCAAAGAAUCCAUCAAAGAGAAACUCAGCUAAUAUAAAGAUUAAUAAAGCAUUCAUCCAGAUGCCAAAACCACAAGAAGAAUCAAACUGUAUCUUUUAUGGACAAUUCACCAGAGAAAAUACACACUUAAGAGAUACUUUAGAGGGGGUGUCUGGGUGGCUCAGUUGGUUAAGCAUCUACCUUCACUCAGGUCAUGAUUCUGGGGUCCGGGGAUGGAG